GUCAAACUUAGCACAAAUUAAAUAACUGAUAAAGUAAAUGAAUACAUAUAAAUACUUAUACAUACAUAUGUAUACAAAGCUAAAGUAAAUAAAGAAAUUGCGACAUAUAUUUAUAUAUGUUUAUUAUAUUUGCGUUAAGAAAUGAUAUAUAAGCGUUGUUCAUCGCAGCAUUUGAGUAUUAAUGCCUUUUUACUGAUCAUUAUGUUCUCAGCAAUGCUAGCAAAAGAUAGUGUCAACGCUGAAAAAAACAGCGAAAAAUAUGUUGGAAAAGCAAGAGAAUACUCGGAACAUUGUAUAAUGGAUAAUCUUUCACUUGUUCCUGAGGAUAUUGCUCGGUACGAUCACUAUCGGGUUUACAGUGUUGAAUUGGAUACAGAUAAGCAUGUGGAUCUCUUUCAAAAGUUAGAACAACAAAGCGACAGCUUGACUUUUAUGGGACACGCAAGGGAAGUAGGACAAAAGUUGACGGUUUUGGUGGCUGCACAUAAAGUGGCCGAUUUUGCAAAUUUAUUGCAAACUUUUAAUGUCAAGCAUCGCAUAUUGACAUUCAAUUUCCAGGAGAAAAUAGAUCGCAACAUGAAAGAAGUUUUGCCAGCAGACACACCUGGUUCUGCACUCGAUUGGAAACAUUUUUUUCAUUUGCAAACUAUUUAUGCGUGGUUGGAAUAUAUGGUGGCACAAUAUCCCACAGAUCUAACAAUAAUAGAUAUGGGCAAUAGUACAGAGGGUGUUCCUAUUAAGGGUUUAAAGUUGUCAAGAAAUAAGUCUAACAAAGCUAUUUUUAUAGAGAGUGGUAUACAUGCUCGCGAAUGGAUUGCUCCUGCGGCAGCUACAUAUCUUUUAAAUGAGCUGCUUACUACUAAAGAUGAGGCUGUUCGAAAGUUGGCAAACAAUUAUAACUGGAUUGUAUUCCCUUGCGUUAACCCAGAUGGAUAUAAAUAUACGUUUGAACAUGACCGAAUGUGGCGAAAAAAUCGUCAAUUAUUUGGCAUAUGCCGUGGUGUUGAUUUGAAUCGCAAUUAUCCAGAUCACUGGAAUACCACCGGAGCUAGUGGUGAUCCAUGCCGCUAUGAUUAUUCCGGUCCCAAUGCAGCAAGUGAAGCUGAAACUAAACGUUUGAUGGACUUUCUUACGGCGCAUGCGGAAAAGGAGCAAAUCAGAACUUAUAUAGCCUUACAUUCUUAUUCACAAAUGAUAAUGUUCCCAUAUGGCUAUACCAAGGAGCAUAUAGCGAACUAUGAUGAUUUACAAGAAUUUGGACGAAAUGCUGCCGGUCGUAUCCGUGAACUUACCGGUCGUAAUUAUACAAGCGGAAGUUUGAUUGAAACAAUUUAUCCAUCUAGUGGAGGCAGUAUGGAUUGGGCGUACAGCAAAAUAAAAAUACCUAUUGCCUACACUUUCGAAUUGCGGGGGCCCCCAGAUAGCUCGGAUAUGUUUAUAUUACCUGCAAAUGAGAUUGAGCCCACGUCUCAAGAGGCAUUUGCUGCUAUUAGAACAAUAGUAGAAGGAGCUACCAAGAAGGGAUACUAUAAAUAAUGAUGAGUUUUAUCUGUGCAUUUAUGUAUGUAUAUCUAUAAAAUUUUCAACCAUUAAAUAAAUAACACUCUAAAUACAGUUUACAUAAACUUACUGAAA